AAUAAUUGAAACUAUCCUUCUCACAUGCAAUCGAACAAUUAUUUCCUUUGACUAUUAAAGAACUGCGGACGUGAGCUUGUUUGCUUAAUGGUCUUGAAUUAAAACAUGUAAAGCCCACAAGCCUAAUCACUACGCGGCUAAUGAGACCAGGUCGUUAAAAACGGUUGACUAUCAGGGGUAUAAUAGUCAAAACACAUGAAAAUUGGCGGUGAAGUAAGCAAACCAUACGUUAGAUUUUGAGUUUUGACGACAUCAAACCUGAAGAAUGUCUAAGUUUUAUUUUUUACGUAUAGCAGAAAUUACGAUCUCACUUUCCUUAACGUUCAGACAUUUAUCUUGACGAAGACACGAACCAUCACUUCAAAUUCUUUGGUCGGCUCAUUGAAAAUCAGAACCUUAUCCAUUAUUUUAAGUUUCCUAUAUAUAUCUUUAUGUGAUAAGGCUAUGAAUCAAGUACUAUUGAUAGAUCACAUCUUGUUUCUGCAAAAUACUCAGCUUCUUUAUAUAGACCGGAGUGACGCGUGAGGAUAACUUUAAUGAUUGCGAUCCAAGAAACGGUGAAAACAGUUGGCUCUUUAAGAUUUUGUGGCAGUGAAUCAGUGGAGACUAGCAAGAGAGAUAUGGUGAUGGAUGAUAAGAUCUAUGUAGCGGUGACAGGGAGAGACCUGGAAAGCAAGUCUAGUCUCGUUUGGGCGAUACAGAACAGUGGAGGCAGAGAGUUUUGCAUCGUCUAUGUCCAGAAACUGCGGCUUUGUAGAAAAGAGAAGGAGAGAGCACAUAAGAGUAUAGACAAGUACCUUAAUAUAUGCAGGCAAAUGCAGGUACUAUUACCAAUUAUCCAUAUGUUUUUGAUUGUACAAGAGAUGUUUGAUUCCUAAAGUUCAAGUUACUUGUGAAUUAGGUCAGUGCAGAGAAGAUAUGUAUUGAAAUGGGUUCAGUAGAGGAAGGGAUCCUCCACUUGAUUUCUAACCGCGAAGUUAAGAAACUUGUCAUGGGAGCAGCAGCUGAUAGACACUAUUCAAUGUAAGUUGGUUUAACAACUUUUUACUAUCUUAAGUAUGGAUGUAUAGAUCAAGUAAAGACUUCAAAUGUUUACAGGAGAAUGAGAGACUUGCAGUCCAAGAAAUCUAUUUACAUUCAUAGAGAAGCACCUGCUACUUGUCAUAUAUGGUUUACAUGCAAGGGAUACUUAAUAUGUUCAAGGUUUGGCUAAAUUUGAGUCACUGUUUGGUCUCUGUAUCAUUGAGAUUUUCUUGUGGUUAUCUUGUUUCACAAAUUAUUUUUGAAUGAUAUCAAUGCAGAGAAGCUAGGAGAAGAGAUCACUUAUAUCUAGAAUGGGCAUCUUUAGAUUCUUCAAGCCAAUCCGAGACGACUAAAGGAACUCAAAGUGUUCCAAGCUCGAGUAUGGUCAAAGAUGAUGAUAGGAUUCAAGUAUCUGAUGCAAUCAAAAUGGUACAUAUAUAAGUUCCUCCAACAUGUUUUUUUGCUUGGACUGGAAACAUCAAACUUUUUCUAACUAUAUCUCUUAACCAAAAUGUAGGCCAAACAGUCAGAAAAUGUGUAUAUCAAUGAGUUGAAAUGUAAGAAAGAAACAGAGAAGGCACUGAGUAAAACUAAAGAAGAACUUGAGAAGAUGAUAAGAAAGCUUCAAUACAAAUACAGCUUAUCAAUGGAAGCAGUGAGAAGACUUAGACAAGAACAAGAAGAGUUGAAGAUAGAGCUUAGAGAAGUAUCAAAGCUGAAGAGUAACCGCAAGAACCAUGGACCACCUCAGUACUUCAUAUGCCCCAUUACACAAGUAAGAGCCAUUAAUGCAAAGGUCAAUGAAAAUGGAAUAAUCAAACUGUUAUAAUCUAAGAUAAGUCAUAACCAGAAAUUUGUUUGUAGGAUGUGAUGGAGGAUCCACAUGUAGCAGCAGAUGGUUUUACAUAUGAAGGGGAAGCCAUAAGUAGUUGGUUUGAGAGAGGACAUGAGACUUCUCCAAUGACUAACAAGAGCCUUCCUCACACCAGCUUGGUUCCAAAUCUUGCUCUUCGAUCUGCAAUCCAAGAAUGGCUUCAAGCAUCAAGCUCCUGAAACAUUAGCAUCUCAUGACAACCAUUCACUCAUCUCUAAUGACAAACAUUUUGUAAUAUAUUAGCCGGUGUUGGUUGGUAUGAGUACAAGUCUUUUGUAAUAUUCUUUUAUUAUUAUGAUAUUUGUAAUAUUCUUUUAUUAUUAUGAUAUUGUUUUGUAAAUCAUAGUUUUUUUAUUACUACUAUAUAUUUAUUUAAACGUAAAAUAUAUUAACAGAUGAAUAUAUAUGACCUCGACAUAUUCCUUGAUGAAAAAUCUGAUUGAGUCCUAUAUAACAUGGUGCAAUUUUUCAAAGUUCAACUCAAAUAUUUUUAUAUAUUAUAUGUAUAAACGAUCAUUGACUAAUCUCCUUGAGUUUGAUAAGUCACAAGAAAUAAUAAUAGAUAUACAAACUCCAGAUGGAAUAUUCGAAAGAACAAGAGUAACACAAGAAAGGGUAGACACAUGCUUCCAUCGGAUCUUUUCUUUCUUGAUUCCCAAAUAUAUCUGAACAUUUGGGAAGAAGAAAGUAUGGAGUUUCAGGGAGCAAGAGAGAACAACAUGGAGGAGGAGGAAGAAGCAGCAGAGGAGAGAAUAUACGUUGCUGUAGGGAGCGAAACUGCCAAGAACAAGUCAAAUCUCACAUGGGCUAUAGAUAACUCUGAAGGAAGAAAGAUCUGUAUCGUUCUUGUUCACCAGCCUGCUCAAAUGAUUCCUGUUUUGGGUACCAAAUUUCAUGCUGCAACGGUAGAUGAAGAGUUAGUGAGAGCAUACAGAGAAAAAGAAAAGGCGAAAGCAGACAAGAUUCUUGAUGAGUACCUUAGAAUUUGCCUGCAGAAAAGGGUCCACGCAGAGAAGCUGUGCGUUGAGAUGGACUCGAUAGAGAAGGGAAUAGUGCAGAUGAUUUCUCAGAACAGAGUCAAGAAGUUUGUAAUGGGAGCAGCUGCAGACAAACACUAUUCAACGAAAAUGGUGGAUUUGAGAUCGAGGAAAGCCAUCUUUGUCUGCCAACAAGCAUCCGUGACUUGUCACAUUCGGUUUGUCUGCAAAGGACAUCUCAUCCAUACAAGGGAACCUAUAAUAAAUGAAGGAGAAGAAGAAGAGGAGAGAAUAUCAAGAACCAGUUCAUGUCGGUCUGCUAGUACAUCGUCAUACUAUGGAGGAUCUGAAGCUUCAUCAAGUAUAGAUGAAGCUUCAUCAAGCAUAGAUGAAGCUUCAUCAAGUAUAGAUGAAGUUUCAUCAAUUAUAACGGAAGAGACAAUAUCAAACCACUCACCUCCUCCCUCUUUACCUUGCAGCGGGAUGGGACUAGGCAUGAUAACCUUCCUGAUCAACUCCACCAAACUCUUGCAUAGGCUUGCCAUCCAAAACCAAAAGCAGCCUGAGUGACCCCACCCUUACCUGAAAAGGUGAUGAAGUGGAUUUUAAACCCUUGGAGGAAGUUGGAGAAGCAGUUAAUGAAACAGGUCAAGUCUGAGUUUAUGUGGGUUAUGGACUUGGAGGAAGAUGAACUUAUGGAGCUUAGAGUUAUGAACUUAUGGAGUUAUAGUUUGUAAUUUGUAUGCACGUAUGAAGUUAUGCUAUGUAUGAACUUAUGGAGUUAUGGUUUGUAUAAUUACACUUAUGGAGUUAUGCUAUGUAUGAACUUAUGGAA